CCUCAUCUGACAGGAGGCGAGUUGUGCUCUUUGAUGUGCUGCAUCUAAUAGAAACUGUAUUAAUGCUUCACGGAAACAUUUUCCGUCCGUGGAGAAACGGAAGUAGGUGUCGCCACAUACUUGGGUCGAUGGCGCUCCUAGCUUUCUCGUGUCCACCAGAGGGAAGCAUUGAACCUGUAGCGCAGUCUUUAGGUGCAUUUCGUGCGGAUCGGACGUGCUUUUCGUUAUUUCUACACACUCAUGGCACAGAGGAGGCAUUACAGGAGCGAGGCAGGCAUUACUCCUCCCAUUAUAGCCAAACAUAACGUAAAUGCAGCAUUUACGUGACGUCAAGAUCCUUCUUCUGACGAUGGAUGGAGCAGACGUUUUCAUUAUCUUACUUUUCGCUGUUGUGACCUAUUCCUGUAAUCUUUCUGAAUAUUCUUGUGAUAAUGGUAAUUGUAUCGCCUUAAAUAAAUAUUGUGAUGGUACACACGACUGCGAAGAUAAAAGCGACGAGCCCAACUCCUGUUCAAAUUGUAAUCGUACUUACUUUGGCAUCGUUGGGCAUAAGUAUCCACUACGAAUGACGGAACCAUUUCAGAGACAUCUUCCAUAUUUCUGCAGAUUAACUUUUGUAGCAAAUGGAGAAGAAUUUGGAGAUUUAGUGGAGAUCAAUUUCCUAUCGUUUCAAGUUGGGACCUUUUUAAUAGAUAGUAGCCAUACGUCAAAAUGCCAACAGGGGAACAUGAAGUUAACAGAGAAACGUGCCACCCAUCGAAAGAGGUCACAGUGGUCAGCAGAGAGACUACGAAUGCCUUCAUUAGCACGUGCAAGACCUAGAGAACACGAAAGGGAAAAUCCGGAAUUUGGUUAUUUCUGUGGUAGCAUGCCAACCAGGACAUCUUUUUACAGCCAAGGCAAUUACGUCAGUUUAGUUAUAGCCAUGCCAACCUUAGUGUCUGUUCAUUCCUUUCUACCCAGUUUAUAUUUGACAUAUAAAUUUUUAAAGUCGCCAAAAACAAACUUUAAGGAUUACUUUGGAGAUAAAAUACCGGGCACGUACUGCCAUUACACCUUAACUAAUUGCCACGAAAGAAAUUGUAAAAUCGAAUCACCCAACUACCCCGGUUUUUAUUUACGUAAUAUUACUUGUAAUUAUUUAAUUCACCAAGAAAAGACAGUAAGGGGACACAUUGCCAGGAUUAUUGUCUCGCAAAAAAACGAUUACAAAAUUAAUCUUUACAGUGGUUACACUGACACUGGAGGUUACACGUUGGCUACACUUACAUCCGAAUGUGCUGGGGAUGUGAUACGAAUUUUAGAUGGCCCAUCUCCCGAUAUGCCAGUUCUAGCUCAGUUUUGUGGUUCCGGACAGCUUCCGGAAGUCAUCUCUAGCGGUCCAGAAAUGUUGGUGCAAUUGAUUAGUGCUCCAUACCAAGUGUUGCAUAAUUCCAAGCUUCAGUUGGAUGUAACUGUGAGAUACGUAAGGAGCAGCGAAUUGACUGCUAAUUCUAGAGGUACGUGUUUGUUUCUGUUGGAUGGUCAUCGCAAUCUCUCGGGUGUCAUCUACAGCCCGCGUCAUACGAUGCCACCGAAUACCACAUGUUCUUAUCAUUUUCGAGGAGGUACGGCUUUCGAUAGGGUUUGGCUCUACUUUCUCUCGUACUACGUACCCGAUUUGCAGAAUUGGUCCAAUCGCGAAAGCUGUGACGUAACACAAUUAGAAAUAUACGAUCCAUUCGUGACGUCGAGACGUUCCGCUAACAGUGACACUACCUUGAUUGGACGCUAUUGUGAAAAAUCGUUCCCUCGUAUGUGCCCCCAUGCAGUGGAUUAUAACAGUUAUAUUCCCAGAAGGCCUUGUAACUUAACAGCAGAGAGCUAUCUUUCCACGGGACCUGAACUAGUGGUUAAAUAUAAAACCUUCCAGAGCUUAGACUUCAUGUCUCAAAAGAGCACCUUCCUGGCUCGAUAUGAAUUUGUUAAUACCAUGCAGACUGGCUAUCCAGUAAACAACAGUGCUUGUGAUCGUAGAUUUGUCAGUAGGAUCCAACCAACAGGUAGCUUGGGUUCUCCGCUCAAUGUUUUCUUAUAUGGAAGAGGAGGAACCAAGCAUUUAAGGUGUAGGUAUCAAUUUAAAGGAUUGCCAACGGAAAGGCUCGAAAUAACACUUAAAAGAGUUAAUUUGGGUCACUGCCAUUCGUUUUUUGAUAACGUAACGCUGCGUCACACUUGUGGCAAUAUUAAGGGGCGCCAAACUCAUCUACUGGUCACAGAAAUAUGGCAUAGCGUACACUUGGAUGCUGGUUGUGUGUGCGGGCAGCAUAUGAACCCUCAACAGCCCGUAACAAUAGAAACAUUCGGCUCCGACGUCGAAGUUACACUGAUUAUCAACAACAUGACACCGCUGGAAGAUUUUAAAGAUUUUUAUUUUGAAGCCACCUACAAGUUCCUAGCUAUAGAGCCAUGUGGUGGUAUUGUUAAUGAUACCAAGAGAGAAUUGAUGAUAACAAUAGGAAACGACGUGCCAUUACCCAAAAGAUGCCGCUGGUUAAUUCAAGCUAGACCAUUAAAGCACCUCUAUCUGAAAGUCGGAGGGAGGAAAACAGAAACCGAUUGCAACAAUGGUAAUCGCUACUUACUUUACUCGGGUGAAUUGGCGCAAUUACUAGCAACAGUCUGUGCCGAAACAGUAGACAAUAGGACAACGUACGACUUGUUCUCACUCACGUGGACUAAUAGCAGUAAAAAGACAAAAACUGACAAAAUCGUGGUAGACAUGAUCGCUACCAGGCCAGGCACUUUCAGUGUUCAGUGGUUAGAGGUCACCAGACCAUUUGUAUACGGUGAAUCAGGUGCAACCCUGCGCAAUAAAGAUUGUGUGUACGAGUGCCCUGAACUGAAUGCCUGCAUAAGUGCUGAUUUAUGGUGCGAUGGCACCAUACACUGCCCCUCCGGAUCAGACGAAGUGCCUGAGGAAUGUGCUCGUUUCCCAACUGUUUACGUCAGCGUAGGCGUGAGCAUCGCUUUUAUAGCUAUUUUGGUGGUGACACUUGUACUGGCGCAUAAGUGGUGUAGGUAUAACAACAUCAAAGGCCAUCCCUCUUCUAGGGAGGAGAUACAAAUGUCUACAACUACACCAGGAACGAAGAUGGGUGAACGACUAAGCGUUUAAAACAAACUCACCUUGUGCUCAUUGUUGUGAUUGAUUCUACAUCGCAUUCAAGCUGCUCAAAAAAGAAAAAUUUUUCUGUGUAGUGGAUUUCUACCUGCACAAAAAUACAAAAUGUAUACAGAUAUUGGUUUUUCUAUUACGCGUCAUUCUUUGUUUAUUUUUUUCUCUUAAGUAUGCUCUUGUUGAGUAUCUCUGUAUAAAAUUUCUAUGUGACUCAUAAUGGUUCUUUUGUGUAUUUUUUAUAAAAUAUAAAUAUGGCGUGACCGUUAUUAUCUUAU